AAAAAAAAAAGUUAUCUAAACCAAACAAGGCAGCUCUCUGCCUAACAGAGGAACGACUAGUAGUACGACAUGAGAGAGAGAGAGAGAGGAAGAGAGAAAAAAAGCAUUUAAUGUAGACCGUCGUCGCGUGCAAUAAAAAGUGAGAGACACAAAACAGCUGCAUCUCGGAGCCACUCAGUCAUUCCUAGAACACCCAGCUGCCUUAUUUAAAGUUACUACUGAGGGAACACAUUUUUACAGCUGCUGCACGGUGUGGAUUACUUCUGUUCUACUUUACCUGUGGAAAAUGUGUUACACAAAUCUUCGGAUUAGUGCAGUAGUUAUACUGGUUUUAACAUUGUCGUUUUGCGGAUUAUCAUGGACCUACAGAGAACAAUUGAACGACACUGACGACAGAGAGGUGUGUUCAGAAAAUAACGUUGCCACAACUAAGUAUCCUUGCUUAAAAACCACUGGGGAACUGACAACGUGCUUUAGGAAAAAAUGCUGUGAAGGUUUUAAAUUUGUGCUAGGACAGUGCAUCCCCGAAGAUUAUGAUGUGUGUGCUGGAGUCCCUUGCGAGCAGCAGUGCACUGAUCAUUUUGGCAGAGUGCUUUGUACCUGCUAUGCUGGGUACAGAUAUGACCGUGAUAGGCACAGGAACAGAGAAAAACCUUACUGCCUCGAUAUUGAUGAAUGUGCCACUAAAAAUGAGACUAUUUGCUCUCAGGUCUGUAUAAACAUUCCUGGCAGUUACAGAUGUGAGUGUGAGAAGGGUUACUUCUUAGAAGAUGAUGGGAAAACCUGUACCAAAGGAGAAAGGGCCAGUCACUUUGAAAAGUCAGACAACGUAAUGAAAGCAGGGACAUGCUCAGCUACAUGUGAGGAGUUUCAGCAGAUGAGACAGACGGUCCUACAGCUCAAGCAAAAGAUUGCCUUAUUGCCCAACAAUGCUGAUAUUAGCAAACAGAUAACAAGUGAAAAAAUACUCACGUCAAAUUCGUAUUUGCCUGGUCCUCCUGGACAACCUGGACUUCCAGGGCCACCAGGUGCCCCUGGACCUAAAGGGUCUAUUGGACACCAGGGGCCACCUGGUCCCCCUGGCCCGAAUGGACCCAGAGGAAUGAUGGGACCUAUGGGGCCAUCACCUGAUCUGUCCCACAUCAAGCAGGGAAGACGAGGCCCAGUGGGUGCACCUGGAGCUCCUGGAAAAGAUGGUGCCAAGGGAGAGAGAGGGGCUCCUGGAUCGACAGGACCUCCAGGCCCACCAGGUUCCUUUGACUUCUUGCUGUUGAUGAUGGCAGACAUUAGAAAUGACAUUGCAGAGCUCCAGGAGAGAGUGUUUGGACACAGAACCCAUUCUUCAGGGGAGGAGUUCCCCCUUCCCCCUCAAGGCAUGAGGGACCCUCAGGAUACAAUAGACUUGGGAUCGGGAGAGGACUACAGACACAGGGCUACACCAAAGAAUAUCAAAAGAAGGAAAUCAACCCCACACUGAUCCUUAUUGAAGUUAAAAAAAAAAAAAAAAAAAAAAAAACAUUAAAUAUUUCCUAAGCUGUAUAUAAGCAGUUUUCUACUGUUGUACAAAUUGAAAGUGACUUUGCCACAGUGAAGUUCUAUAUUACUUUUGACAAAUCUUUAUUUUUUUAAACCUAUUGUUUCAGUCUGGUGUCAGAUGAUUUGGUGCUUAAAUUGCAUACGUGAUUAAACACACAUGUAUUUGCAGUUAUGCAUAAGCAAAAUUACAAAGCAUGUUUGACACACUUCCUUUCGAGAGCUUAAAAAAAAAUAGAUCUUCCCAGAUGAAACUUGCAACAUAAGAGGCAUGAGGAAAAACUACUGGCAAUUGAAAAUGCUUAUAGUAAUGAAUGUCAUACUAUGCACAUUCUUUUUAUAGCUCUUAGUUUAUUUUUAGAUAUAUCUAUUAAUCCAAGUGUUUACUUAAAUCGUGUUGCAAAUGAGGGGGGUGCUUAAUCAUAAAUGUAACUCUUCAUUGGAUGGAAAACACUGUCAAUCCCAAUGUGUACAAACUUUCAAUCUCAUACAAUACUGAGGGUUGAUGUACUAAAGUGCUGUGGCUGUUGCAGUAGUCGCAAACCAGUUGCAAACAAGUCGGAAGUCUAGGGUGAAAUGUACUAAACAAGAGCAAUGCUGAUAGCGACUUUCUAGGAAAUGCUUUGCGGCAGCAGUUUUUCUUUGCUGUUCCACCUAAGAUGAAUAUGUAGUUACAGGCAUUCCUGCAUAAAUUCACAAAAAAGGGGGCAGAGGUCAUGCAAAUGAGCUCUGACACUACCCAGUUUAUCCUGAAGACCUGAAUUAGUGUUCAAUUUAUAAUUGUCCAUUUUCUUUCUUUUUUUUCUGUGGAAGCUAUUUAAUUCUGGCUGCUACUGGAUGUCCUUUGAAAAUGUAAUAGUUAAAUCAGAAGAUGAGUAUAAUAGCGUAAUCUAUAUAACAAAUAUAAGUAAAAUUGUUUUACACUGUAUGUCAUAUUUCUAUCUGCCACUAAGACUGUAAGCGAUUUGAAAUCAGCCCUGUCCAUUUUCACAGGCAGCCAACCAAGAUUAAAGCAGACUGAAUCGGGACUCCAUCAGUCGUCAUUGAGAUUGCAGGUUGUCAGAACUCUGUCUCUCAAAUUCGAUAAAGGAAAUUAGGUGCUCGAUGUGAUUGCUAGAUACAGGUGCUAAACUGCAGAAAGAAAGAAUACAUUGGGGCUAUGAAUUAAUGUUACUGUCAGGAAAGUUAAAAAUGGGAACUAUACCAAAAUGUGACACAAUAGACUCAAUAAAUAUAUGGUUUGGAGAUUGGUUUGGCGAGGAAACUGUCGGCAGCCCCAGUUUGAUAUUGUAACAAGAUGAAAUAGAGUUUUACAGACUGGUUUCAUACAGAAGGAAACUAAUUGUACCAGGAUGUUAAAUAUUAUACCCAACAUAUAUCACUAUAUCUGAAGGUAAUUUAAUAUUUUAUGCACAUGAUACGUUGGCAUCUAAUCAUUGUAAAUAUAAUACAGAUUUAUUCAGUAAACAUGUUUUUGAUCCCUCUUUGUUGCAACAUCAAUGUGUUACUAUAAAUACAUUUCCUUUUCAGUACCUUUUUACCAAGUGCUUCCUCAUAAGAGACCUUGUAUAAUAUGGAAUUAGUUAUAUGGAGUUACAUGUAUAUUCAUGGUUCCUCUUUGCCCCAUUAUGUCCACUACCACUUCACUAUACACAGCAGAACAUGCAUAACACAGUUCUUUAUUUAUCGUUCCUGACUACCAAGUUAUUAAUGUACAGUAUUUACAAAUAUCAGGUAGGUCAAAUGGAAUAAUUAUCUACUUUAAAACAUGGUUUGAACAUAGACCUGGAUUAAGGGGCCAACACUAUGACGCUAACACAGGAAUUGGCAAUGUUGGUCCUUCCAGAUUAGGUAGGGUAGGUGUUCCAACCAGUUCUCAGUUGUUUGAUUUGAACUAAUUAAACCUCUUAUUAUUAUCACUAUACCUGGUAAGCCUAGUUUAGAAUAGCAGAGGACUGGAAUUUCAUGGCACAUGUGAAAACUAAAUUGUAAUAUCUGUUCUAGAUUAAGAUAAAUAAUAUUAGAUCACUGUGAUUUUAACAAAAGUAUUACAUUUUUCUAGAGCCAGCAUUUUUUUUCUGCUUGUGUUCCAUAUUGUCAGGAUCUGAUCUGA